AUGGCUGACCCUCGUUUCCAGAUUUUGUCAGACCUCCAUGUGGAAUCCCCUAAUGCAUACGAUAUCUUCCAUAUCGAACCCAAAGCUCCAUACUUGGUAUUGGCCGGCGACAUUGGUUACGUCAAAGACGAUGGCUUCUUCAACUUCCUCCGCAAACAACUGAAGACUUUCCGUCUUGUGCUCCUAGUUAUGGGAAACCAUGAACCAUACCACAGCACUUGGCCGGAAGCAAAGGCGCGAAUCAAACAAUUUCAAGUUGACCUAGUGUCUUGCAAAGAAAGCGAGACGCUUGGCCAGUUUAUUCUCCUCGAUAAAACACGCUAUGACAUAUCUCCCACCGUCAGCGUACUCGGGUGUACCCUGUUCUCCGAGGUGGCGCAAGAACAGGAAGAAAGCAUCAGCUUUGGUCUCAAUGAUUUUUAUCACAUCGGUGAUUGGUCUGUUGAGUCACAUCGAGAAUCGCACCGUGCUGACCUUGCCUGGCUCAACUACGAAAUUGAUUCCAUUUCGCGCCUUGAACCUGAGCGCAAGGUUGUCUUGUUUACUCAUUACUGCCCCUUGACCGUCAAAGACGUUGUUGAUCCAAAACACAAAAGCAGCAAAAUCUCCUCUGGUUUCAUGACUGAUCUGUCCAAUGAGCGUUGCUGGAAGUGUGGGGUUAUCAGUCUUUGGGCCUUUGGCCAUACGCAUUUCAAUUGUGACUUCCGAGACUCAGAGUAUGGGACAAGAGUGGUCUCGAACCAAAGAGGAUACUACUUUGCUCAAGCCACGGAUUUUGAUAGCACCAAAGUAGUUGGACUGUAG